CGAGUGACAACGCUGGUUUCCCUGGUGACGGUUGCCGGGGCAGCGCGUGCCGGCGUCCGGAAGAAGUGGCCUCGCCGCGGCAGGGAGAGGUAGAGAGAGACGGCGGGCAGGAUGGCCGCAGAUGAAAGCUCGCAGGACACUUUGCGGCUCCAGUUCCAGGCAAUGCAGGAGAUGCAGCGCAAACGGUUACAGAAGCAGAUGGAGAGAAAGAGGGAGAAGGAACUGAACCCCGAAAGCAGAGCCGACGGCCAGGAGGAGCCCUUGGAGGUCCCAGGUGGUCUCAGCCUUCUCCAUGCCGGGGAGCCACACUCGAAAAACAGCUUUGAGAAGAGGGUGCUUGAAGAUGAGAUUGAACACCUUCGAAACGAGCUCAGGGAAACAGUGGACGAGAACGGGCGAUUGAGUAAGCUGCUGAAGGAAAGGGACUUUGAAAUCAAACACCUCAGAAAGAAAAUAGAAGAGGACAGACUUGCCUUCACAGGGACAGCUGGUAUAGCUGGAGACGUGGUCGCCACCAAAAUUGUGGAGCUAUCAAAAAAGAACCGGGUGUUGAUGGCAGAAUCAGAGGGUGCAAAAACCAGAGUGAAGCAGCUGACCAGUCGCAUCCAGGAGCUGGAGCGGGAACUGCAGUCAGCCCUGACCAGGCUGCCAGCCAAGGGGGCUGCCGACGCGGGAGCCGGGCCGCCAAGGACGCGGACGGGAGACGGAGCAUUGCGGGAGACCCCAGAGGUGAAGGCCCUGCAGGACAGGCUGGCAGCCACCGCCUUGAAGAUGAGUGACCUCCGUAACCAGAUCCAGUCUGUGAAGCAGGAGCUGCGGGUGGCGCAGAAGGUUUUGGCCAGCGAGGUCGGGGAAGGCAUCGAUGUCCAGCAGCUCCUGUCCUUGCCGGGGACCUGGAGGGGUCGGGCUCAACAAAUUCUCGUUUUGCAAAGCAAGGUUCGAGAGCUUGAGAAGCAGCUGGGCCAGGCCCGGAGCCAGCCUGCAGGAACAGGCAGCGAUGAGUUGUCUGUGUGCCCAGACCCACGGAAGCUGUCGGCACAGGAGAAACACCUGCUGAGGAUCCGCAGCUUGGAGAGGGAGAAGCAGGAAGGCCUGGAGAAACUUGCCAGUGAGCGGGACGCCCUCCAGAGAGAGCUUGAGGAGCUGAGAAAGAAGUGUGAGGGCGUGAGGUCUCGGAACAAGGUGCUGGCGAGUGAGGUGAAGACACUCAGGAGUCAGAUGGGGACCCUGGUGGAGAAGGGCCGGCAUGACGACGAGCUCAUCGACNNNNCCCAGGACCAGCUGAAGCAGCUGCAGGAGACCCUCGGCAGCCUGAGUCUGAAGGAGGAGAAGACGCGACUGUCCCAGCACCACGUGGACCAGCGGCUGAACAGCGAGGCCCAGCGGAGCAGCAGCCUCGUGGCCCAGCUGCAGGCCAUGGUGGCUGAGCGGGAGGCCAGAGUGCAGCAGCUGGAGAUGGAGGUCGGGCGGCUCAGUGUGCAGUAUCUUCGGAAUAAUGGAGCGAGCGAGGGGCCCGGUGUCCCCGAGGUCAGCCCUGCCUGUACCCAGUUCCUGGAGGACCCAGACCUGGCCAAGCCCCCGACCUCGGCCGGUGACCGUGCUGGCAGGCUGGGGUCUUCUCGCUCUGUGACCAGCCUGGGCCACACACUGGUGGAAUCUGCUCUCACGAGGCCUUCCCUGCCCAGUCCCCACAGGACCUCGCCUAGGUUCUUGGACUCCCCAGAACAAAAAGGCUGGCAGGCACGAGUGGCAGAGCUGAAGGCCCUCUGGCAGGCUGCUGAGGUCGAGCGUGACCGGCUCGCCGAGUUCGUCACCGUCCUGCAGAAACGGGUGGAGGAGAGUGGCGGCAAGCUCCUGGAGUCGGAGAGGAAGCUGCAGGAGGAGCGGCACCGCACUGUGCUGCUGGAGCAGCGGCUGGAGAAGACGCGCCUAGAGCCAGGGAGGGCGUCAGCCUCCCAGAGAGCAGCCCCCAGGACCAAAACAGGUCUGCCCACCUCCAACGCCAGGCACAACCCAGCUGGGAGCGAGAAGGACCCGUCCUCUGCCCAACUCUCCGACAUGCCCACAGAAUCCCAAAUGGAAGAGCUGACAACCAGGCUGGCCGUCCAGGGGGAGGAGAAUGAAAUGCUGAAGGCUGCCCUGGCCAGUGCCCUGCAGGGAAAGGAGGAGGACUUCCGGAUGUACCGCGAGAUCCUGGGCCAGGUGAAAAGUGUCUUCCUGCAGGCCCUGCGGCAGCAGAAGACAGACAAGCAGUAGGUGACAGCCCAGUGUCGGCCUGGCCGGGUGGGCAGCCUUGGGUGCCCCAUAGCCACACACCCCAGCUCCAUCUGCUCCGGGAAGCCGGCCCAGGGUAGCCAGCUCAGCUGCUGCUACCAGAAGGGGCUCCUUCAGGAUGACCAAAACCGACGCCGCAGGCCAGGAGGGCAGAAGAGAAGCCCUGGAGGGACACUGAGAGACCCUGCAGGCCGGCCGGGCUGCAGCAGCGGAGAGGCACAGCGGCCCGCUGGCAGAGGUGACAGCUCCAGGACAGCAAGGUGGCUGCGUAUGACAGACGUGUCCCUUGUCCAGGUGCUCGCCAUGGACGCCCCGUGGCCCCACACACAGGAGAGCCCUUGGUUACUCUGGCUGGGCACGUCCCACGCCACUGAGCCCCGCCCUGUCCCUCGCCCCAUCCCGGCUCCAUCUGUAGCCGUCCACGCCCUGCGCAGACUUGGGGCACGGUGCCCUCAGCUGGAUUGUCAGCUGCCCUCAGGUUCUGCCCCAGAUGCAGACCCUCGGACUUGUAAUAAUAAGCAUUUUCAUA